CUCAAAUUUGCCUCUUUCGUACUAUUAUUUUAGACGGAGGCUUCUUUGCUGGUGGCUGGCGAGCCUUUGAGAAUCGCCGCUUUGAAGUCCCCGAAACGACACGGGAAAAACUCUGUGUCGGCCGAAACGCUGGCUGUUUCUUCACUAGAAGCUUCAAAGGUUUUGUAAGUGUUAAACUGUAAUCAUGGGAGGAAAAUCAUCAAAAAGCAGGAGCUCCUCUCAUAAUUAUGGAAGAACUUCUUCACAGAGCACCGCAAGGUACUCAUCUAACUCUGAGAACUAUAUGCAGCCCGAGGCUGUAGAGAGGGUGCAGAGAAAGUAUUCAAAGAUUGAUGACAAUUACCAAACACUUAACCAAGUGACUGAAGCUCUGGCACAAGCAGGUCUUGAAUCUUCAAAUCUGAUUGUGGGAAUUGAUUUCACAAAGAGCAAUGAGUGGACAGGCAAAAUAUCAUUUAAUCGGCGGAGCUUGCACUCCAUAGGAACUACUCCAAACCCAUAUCAACAAGCAAUAUCUAUCAUAGGAAGAACCCUUGCCGUCUUUGAUGAGGAUAAUCUCAUUCCUUGCUUUGGAUUUGGAGAUGCCACCACUCAUGACCAAGAAGUAUUCAGUUUUUACCCAGAUAACCAGCCUUGCAAUGGUUUUGAAGAAGCUCUACAACGUUACCAGGAAAUAGUUCCGGAUCUUCAUCUAGCUGGGCCAACAUCGUUUGCACCGAUAAUUGAAACUGCCAUAGGCAUUGUCGAUAGCACUGGCGGUCAAUACCAUGUUCUUCUUUUAAUUGCUGAUGGGCAGGUAACGAGGAGUGUUGACACAUGUCAUGGAAAAUUAAGUCAACAAGAAAGAGACACUAUGAAUGCCAUUGUCAAGGCUAGUGAUUAUCCCUUAUCCAUAGUAAUGGUUGGAGUCGGCGAUGGACCCUGGGACAUGAUGCGGGAAUUUGAUGAUAAUAUACCUUCUCGGGCAUUUGAUAACUUUCAGUUUGUAAAUUUUACGGAGAUUAUGUCACGGCAAAUCCCUGAUAGUAGAAAGGAGGCAGAGUUUGCUCUUGCAGCUCUAAUGGAAAUUCCGUCACAAUAUAAAGCAACUAUAGAUCUCCAACUUCUGGGCCGGAGAAGAGGAACUCCAGUCAGAGUGUGCCUUCCUCCACCAAGAAGGAGCGGCACUUCAGCAUAUAAUACUCCUAAAUACUCAAGAUCAAUCAGUUUUGAUCAAGCUCCUCAAGACCCUCAAGUUCCUAUAAGUUCUUCUUCUGCUCCAUUAGAAGGCUCCAUCGAGGAUAAGCUGACGUGUUCCAUUUGCCUUUGGCAACCAAAGAACCUUGCCUUUGGAUGUGGGCAUCAGACUUGCGACAACUGUGGGAAAGAAAUGAAAACUUGCCCCUUCUGCCAGCGCAAGAUAGACACCCGAAUAAAGCUCUACUGAUGCUUGAAGCUCUCCAUUGAUGAUCGCAUCGGUAGCUUAGUUUAUAAAUACAUUUCUGAAAAACCAGUUUAUAGUUUGAUCUCACUGUUGAAUUGUUUUCUCUUGGCAGUAUAGUGUAAAUAUUGGUAGCUGAUAGAUGGAUUAUUAAAGUUUGCAGAGUUACCUUGUUGAUGAUAGCUUUACCUUUGUUUCCUAUAGUUUGUGUAAAUAAGUUUGAGAUAACUAUGGAAGCCUGUUGGCAUUUGGUGUGACUUUUGUCAUUG